AUGCCUCCGCCUCCGGCCAAGAAGAGAAGCUUCUUUUCCCGCUGCCUCCCGUUUAUCCUCUUGCUUGUUCUAUUAGCACCCUCACUGACUUGCGCCUGGUUGUUCAUCAAUGACCUAUGGACCAAGAUCUUCUUCACUCUCUUCAUUCUUCGGUACGCUCGUCUUGUUGGUCAUGUUCUUGGCUCAUGGAUCUACAGACCUUCAGAGAUAGUGCCCGACCCGGCCUUUAAACAGGAGGACGUCACUGUUAUUCUCCCUACUGUCGACCCUCAGGGUCCAGACUUUCGAGAAUGUGUCCUUAGUAUCAUGGCUAACCGGCCCGCCUCGAUUCUGGUCGUCACAGUUGGAGCUCAGCUCCGUGAACAGUGUAAAGCGGUAGUCGAGAGUCUAAGCAACGAAGUCAAUUACAAGGGAGCUUACCUCGCAGCACUCCCCGAAGCCAGUAAGCGUCGCCAGGUCGCCCAUGCCGUGCCCAAAAUCAGGACUGCCGUCACAGUUCUGGCUGAUGACCAUGUGUUCUGGCCGAAAGAAUUCCUUCCGUCAGUUCUUGCACCCUUGAAUGAUGGCUCAGUUGGUAUGGUGGCCACCAAGAAACGUGUUCGCCGAACUACACCGGGAAGUUGGGGCUGGUCUUCCCUCGUCAACUUCAUCGCCUGUAACUAUCUCCAACGGCACAACUGGGAGCUACGAGCUUCCAGCGGCAUUGAUGGCGGAUUGUUUGUCAUCUCAGGAAGAACAGCUGUAUACAGGACAGAAUUUCUCCAAGGUACCAACCCCAACCUAAUGGAGCAGUUGUGCAGUGAAAAGUUCUUCUUUGGACUCCUAGGAGGCACAGGGCUUGGGCCCGACGACGACAACUUCCUGACCCGAGCGGCCAUGAAGAAGGGUUGGCGAAUUUUCUUCCAAGAUACCGAAGACGCGACUAUCGAGACAACCCUCGGUGAGUGGCCCAAGUUUGGAGACCAACUCUUGCGAUGGGCAAGAACCACAUUCCGAAGCAAUCCAGUGAUGCUUAGGAAUCCCAACUUUCUUGUCUCAUAUGCAUGGAGCGCAUUCAUGGUAUACUGGGCAGCCUUGGUCAACUUUGCUCUCCUCUGGGACGCGGCACUAAUCUUUUCGGUAAUCAGCAUUGAGAACGUGCUGCCUUAUCAAAUUGCCCUGCUUUCUGUCUGGAUUGCAUGGACAAAGGUGAUCAAGAUCUUCCCGCACUUCUACAGGCACCCGUCUGAUAUUCCGUUGGUCAUCUUCCAGAUUCUUUUUGGCUAUAUUCACAGCUUCUACAAGCUGUGGGCAUUGAUCACAUUCUGGGACUGUGGCUGGUCUGGGAGAAACCUUGAUGAUGUCAAUGCUAACCAGGCCGACACCUUGGACACAAAAUUCGAGUAUCUGUAA